AUGUCCCAUACCCAACCCUCCCCCACGGCUGGAGUCGCGCCGCACCACCCUGCCGCGCACAUGGCCGCGCACGCUCAGGUCAAUGGCCACAUGCCGCCGGCGGCCAUGCCGUCGCAGGGUCAGAAAGGCGUCUCCCUCACCACCGCUCAAAAGAUUGCCGCGCUCAAUGAGCAAGUGUGGCUCCAGAUUGGCAGCUUGACGGAGCUAAUGGGCGAUCUGGAUGGCGCCAUGAAUGCAUAUGAACAGGCACUGCGCCAUAACCAGUGGUCCAUUCCGGCCAUGAACGCCAUUUCCUGCAUCCUUCGCACCAAGGAGCAGUUCCCCAAAGCUAUCGAAUAUCUCCAAAACAUUCUGAAGCUCGAUCCGACCAGCGGAGAGACAUGGGGUAGCUUGGGUCACUGCCAUCUGAUGAUGGACAACCUCCAAGAGGCUUAUACCUCGUAUCAGCAGGCCCUGUAUCACCUGCGCGACCCCAAGGAACCCAAACUGUGGUACGGAAUUGGUAUCCUGUAUGAUCGCUAUGGAUCUCUUGACCAUGCCGAAGAAGCAUUCUCUCAAGUCAUGCGGAUGGCCCCCGAAUUUGAGAAGGCCAACGAGAUUUACUUCCGCCUUGGCAUCAUAUACAAGCAACAGCAGAAAUUCAGCCAGAGUUUGGAGUGUUUCAAGUACAUCGUUAGUGAUCCGCCUCGCCCUCUGACCGAGGAGGACAUCUGGUUCCAGAUUGGCCAUGUUCACGAGCAGCAGAAAGAUUUCGAUUCUGCACAAGCUGCCUACCGCCGCGUCCUCGAACGUGAUCCCAACCACGCCAAAGUUCUUCAGCAACUGGGAUGGCUCUUCCACCAACAGAGCAACACCUAUACCAGCCAAGAGAAGGCCAUUGAGUAUCUUGAAAAGUCGGUCAGUGCCGACAACGGUGAUGCUCAAAGCUGGUAUCUCCUUGGUCGGUGCUAUAUGUCACAGGCCAAGUACCCGAAAGCCUAUGAGGCUUACCAGCAGGCCGUCUACCGGGAUGGUCGCAACCCGACUUUCUGGUGCUCAAUUGGUGUGCUCUACUACCAAAUCAACCAGUACCGCGAUGCGCUCGAUGCUUAUUCUCGUGCGAUCCGCCUGAACCCAUACAUCUCGGAGGUUUGGUACGACCUUGGAACUCUCUACGAGUCGUGCAACAACCAGAUUGCAGACGCUUUGGACGCCUAUGGACGUGCCGCGGAUCUCGAUCCCACCAACGUUCACAUUAAGGCGCGUCUGCAGUUGCUUCAGAGUCAGCUGUCUGGUUCUGGCCAGCAGAACAAUGGCCCUGUUCCCCCGCCACAAGAUGUCCACCCUCAGGCUUACCAAGCACCUGGUGUCGGCGCUCCCCCUGCUCCUCAAUGGGGUGGCCCUGCGCCCGCGCCAGUCCCUGACUGGAACCGUGGCAUCAAUGACCUGCAGUCCCAGCCUCCAGCCCCGCCUGCGAAUGGCCUUGAUCAGCGGGAUGCUCCUCGUGCUCCUGGUGCUGCUCCUCAGGCCAGUCCCCGACAGGAGCCUGGCCGGGCGUUCCCUGAUCCUGCUCGUCCCGGUGUUCCUCGUUCCCCUAAGAUGGGUGGCCCUGGCGUCUAUCCCCCGCCUCACACUUUGCCUCAACUGGGCAAUGCUCCCGCCUCUGGACAUGAACGUGCUCCGAGUGGCGGCGGCGUGCCUCCUUUCAGCUCUGCUGCUCGCGGACCUCUUCCUCCUGCUCCUCCCGGUGCUCCUGCUCCUGGCGGUCCUAAUGGCGGUGCAGCUAGCAGUGGUGCUCCUCCCUACCCCCCCCCGUCCCUCCUCCCCGGAUCGACCUACCCCCACCAACAAUACCACCAUGGCCCUAGUGCGCCCACUCCUGGCGGUGGCAGCACUACUGGUAUCGCUUCUGGAGCCCCUGCCCCUGCUUCCGCCGCCACUGCUGCCGAGGCUGCAGCUCGUGAACGCGGUGAAGAGCGUCCCCCAUCUGCCAUGAAGCGUGGGCGAGAAUGGGAGGGCGUGGAUGGCCCGGUCAAGAAGCAGGCUAAUGAGGAAAACCGGGCUCGUCUAGAUGACCAGAAUAGCCGUCGUGCAAGCCCUCCGGCUCGUCUGCCGUCUCCCGGUGAGAUGCAGCGACGCAGCUCGUCGGAAGCCCGUCGCGAGGACGCCCGCCGUGCAAACGAGAACUACCACCCCUCGGAAGCGGCCCAUCACCCUCACACUCUGCCCUCCAUCCAGAGCAUGCCGCCUCACCCUACCGGUGGGCCCAGCCUUCCUCCCAUGGCUGAGAGCGCUGCUCCUGUUCCCCCUAACGGCCCUCCUUCGGCACCUCCAUCAGCCAACACCCCGGUCAAGGAGGAAGCUCCCCGCCCAGAGGCGCCUUCAUCCCAUGAGCCCCCUGCGCGGAAGAUGGAUGUUGAUGAGGACUACGAUGACGAUGCGGACGAAGAGAAGAAGGCUAGUGGUGCCCCCAAAGGUAGCCCGAACGGCAGCGCUGCGGGCAAUGUUGCCAACGGCAAUGGCGUUGCCAGCAACGGCCGCCAGGGUACCCCCUCCAAGGCCGAGUCAUCUGCGGUCAAGAUGAGUCACCGGAAGUACGAAGCUCCUCGCCACGGCUCCCUGGCCUACCUGCCGCGCAAGCGUGCUGCCCGCCACCGCGGAAAGGUCAAGAGCUUCCCCAAGGAUGACCCCAAGAAGCCCGUCCACCUGACUGCCUCCAUGGGCUACAAGGCCGGUAUGACCACCGUCGUCCGUGACCUUGACCGUCCCGGUGCCAAGAUGCACAAGAAGGAGAUUGUCGAGGCCGUCACCGUCAUCGAGACUCCUCCUCUCGUUGCCGUUGGUGUCGUUGGCUACAUCGAGACCCCCCGCGGUCUCCGCUCGCUCACCACCGUCUGGGCUGAGCACCUGAGCGACGAGGUCAAGCGCCGCUUCUACAAGAACUGGUACAAGAGCAAGAAGAAGGCCUUCACCAAGUACGCCAAGCAGCACGCCGAGUCUUCCGGUGCCUCCAUCACCCGUGAGCUUGAGCGCAUCAAGAAGUACUGCACUGUCGUCCGUGUCCUCGCCCACACUCAGAUCCGCAAGACCCCCAUCAAGCAGAAGAAGGCCCACCUUAUGGAGAUCCAGGUCAACGGUGGUGCUGUUGCCGACAAGGUCGACUUCGCCCGCAACCUCUUCGAGAAGACCAUUGACAUCGACACCAUCUUCGAGAAGGAUGAGAUGAUCGACGUCAUUGCCGUCACCAAGGGUCACGGUUUCCAGGGUGUUACCUCCCGUUGGGGUACCACCAAGCUGCCCCGCAAGACUCACAAGGGUCUGCGUAAGGUCGCCUGUAUCGGUGCCUGGCACCCUAGCCACGUCCAGUGGACUGUUGCCCGUGCUGGUCAGAUGGGUUACCACCACCGUACCUCCUGCAACCACAAGGUCUUCCGCAUUGGCAAGGCCUCCGAUGAGGGCAGCGCCUCCACCGAGUUCGACAUCUCCAAGAAGCAGAUCACUCCCAUGGGUGGCUUCGUUCACUACGGUGAGGUCAAGAACGACUGGGUCAUGCUCAAGGGCUCUGUUCCCGGUGUCAAGAAGCGUGUCAUGACUCUCCGCAAGACCCUCUACCCCCAGACUUCCCGCCGUGCCACCGAGAAGGUCGAGCUCAAGUGGAUCGAUACCUCCUCCAAGUUCGGUCACGGUGCUUUCCAGACCGCCGAGGAGAAGAAGGCCUUCAUGGGUACCCUCAAGAAGGAUCUUAUCCAGACUGUUUAA